AUGUAGAAAUCUUUUGAGAAUGAUUAAUAAAUUGGUUAAGCUUAAAACUUCCAAAGUCAGGUUGAUGAAUCAAGGGGUAUAUUGCCAAUCAGUAGGUUCAGUGAUCAAUUAGACUUUAAAUACAGUCCUUAUCUAACAUAAAUCCAAGAAUCAAAUAACAUUGUAAUCCCUUUUACUCCAGAAUAACAAUAAAGUCCUAAUUUAGAAGAUAAACUACUCGUUAAUGCCACUGAGGAUUAGAAAUUGAAAUUCUUUCGGUCAACACUCUACUUGUGGCUGACGUGGGAGUCUGUCAUGUUUGUAAUUUUGCUUUUCAAUGUCAUGCAAAUAGAAGUCUACUGUAAUCAGAUAAAAGGACUUAUACUAUUUGGAUUUCUGUUAUUCGGUGCAUAUGCUUUAAUCUUGAUAAAAUAUAAGAUUGAAAGGAAAAUAGGAUGUCUGGAUGUCAUAAAUAAUAAUAAUAUUGAUAAACUAAUCCUUUUUAUGGUAAUGGUAGUGGAAGGUUUUUUCCAUGUUAAGUUAAUUGCCGUUAUUGAAUGCUUUUGUGUGGGGAAUAGAGUUUAUGGAAAAAAUUUUGAUUUUUAGAUGGAAAAACAAAUAGUUUAUUAAGGGAUAUUAAUCCACUUAUCGAUAUUAAUAUCAAUUGGUUUCAUUUUAGUUACGACAUUGAUAUAAUAAAAGAUAGAUCCAAAAUGUAAAUAAGUGAGUUAUAUAAUUAGAAUAUUUCAUAAUUUCUUCGAUUAUUUCCUUAUUGCUGGGAAUAAUGUAUUAAGCAGCUUCGCCAGAAAUUGA